AUGGGUGUCGAUACUCAACGACCGCCUCUACCUGCCCCGACCGAACCUUCGAUUCUCAGCGUAGACGACGACAUUAGCAGCUUUCAGCCCGACGACCUGGCCACGGAUCUCUCCCGGCGAACCGACCGCUCACACUAUUCGAUUCCCGAGGACGGCAGCCCCGUUACGAUACCCACGAAGCACAAGGACAGAGGCCUUGUCCACGGCCGCCACCAAUCACAGACGUCCCUUCUCAUCGAAUAUUUCGAAGCCGGAAAACCUGGCGAGGGGAAAAUCCAUUCGCGCCCCAGCGUCCGCGUUAGAGUAACGCCAUCCAAACACAGGCGAUCCAGGACCGCGAGCGACCACGUAGAAAUCUCACAAACUGGAAAGGACAGAAAACCUUCGUACACGAGGAGGAUUUCCUUGCCCACUUCCAAGGGCUCGGAGGGCAAAUCGGUAGAAACCAGCGAAGUAUCUUAUUCCGGGGAAUCUAACCUCAGCGGAAGACCUCCGGUCGAAGUCGAAGUCAUGCACGGCAGCGAUCUUUCUAGGUCCGAGGUCUCCCGAGACAACUACAUCGCUGCUCCCUCGGACAUUUCUUCUAUGCCUCCGGAUAGCUUGCUCGGGGCCCCUCCCGUCAUCCUUAGUCCCCCCUCUCGGCACCGGAGUCGCAGCAUGGAACGCAACGAGAAGGCGGAUGGAAACCGAAGGAGGAGCCGUAGCUUGAGUAGAGAGCGCCUGGUGACUCAGAAGGUUAUGGAAAGGCUGGCAUCUGAAAGAAGUGGAAAGUCGAAGCACAGUCGCGAAAGGAGCGUCAGCAAAGAGCAUAGGAGCGAAAGCGGAACUUCGCGACGCAAGCAUUCUCGAUCUCGUUCGGAGCUGGACCGUUUCAGCGGAACCGAAUCAAGUCUUUUGUCAUCCCACAUCAGCAGAAGAUCUGGGGAUGAUAGAUCGAUUCGGUCAGGCGUGUCUAAUGCCUCAUCAAUCAACAAUCCCAAAUUACUCGGAGCAGUAGAGGAUGCCAUCAAACGCCUCAUUCUUCCCGAGAUUAAUGCGCUCAGGGAAACUUCCAAGACGGACCACAAUCGGGAUCGGUAUGAGCAGCUAACCAGGGAUUCGGUGGCCUCUACCAGUUCCCGCGGUGAGUCCAAGAGGUCCGUGUCAAAGUCUUCCAGCGCCCCCAAUGUCAAAGUGGUUCUUAAUCGUGACGACAAAAACCCUGGUGUCGUUCUCUCCAGCGGCUCUGGUAAAGAGAAGACCAUAGGCUCGAACGUGGAUUCCGGUUCUGAAUUAAGUCGUGAUCGGAUCAUCUCCAUUUACGGCGAGGAAAACCUCGGCUUGGAUGACCCUGAUGGGCAGCAAAAGAGAACCAGACAGAGGAGCAAAUUGAGAGACGGUGCUCUUGAAGCCGCAGUCGGAGCCGGUCUCACUGCCGCUGCCCUCAACCACCAGGAGUCUCGAUCCAGCCUGGACACGACCAAGGAAAGGAGGAAGAAAAGGCGCAGCAAAAGCAGAAGCCGAACUGCUAGCGUAUCCGAGAGUGCUCGUGAGGCGUCCCAUGAGCAGUCUAUCCCACCUUUGCCCAUGCAGAGCGAGCACAACCCCACUGAAAUGACACGCGCCUCCAUCCUAUCCGCGGAAACAGACAGGCCCCAUUCCCGCUCGUCCAGAGGUCUUAACACGCCUAUUCAAGAAGUCAUUCGUGGAUCGCCGCGUGAGGUAGAUUCUCCUCUUUCUCGCACGCCCAACAGAACCCCAGCAGCCUUGCGUAGAGGGCCAAACAGCAACGGCUCCCUCGGAAGCUUCAGUGUGCCAGGUAGUGCGAAGGGCGACAAAAGCAUUCCUACCCGAGCUAAAGAUGCUGCUUUGACUGCUGCUGGUCUAGGUGGUGCAGCCUUAGCUUCUCAGCACAACAAAGAUGAAGAACGCGAGUCUAUCCGGACCCCCUCUCGUGAUCUUGAGAACGAAUCGGGCUACAAGGAGAAAUUUUCAAAUGCUUCUCCGCGUCCUCGAGCAAAAAGUGCCGCGUCAGUAUCGUCUGCAGGCCGCGAAGCUGCUAGGAAAAUGUCGGAACUUUCUUUGCAUUCUGCUUCCAACUCUCCCAGCACCAACGCCGCACGUUCGCGGAACAAGCCUGAAGGCUACCAUUUUGAGGACGGUGUUCCUCGCGACUCUGAACUAUCUUACGCGACCAUUACUUCCAGAGGAGAAGACCCUGAUGAUUUUUUCGACCACGAGCAUGAAGCGAAUGAUGCAUACCGUGCACAAAACGAUAAGCGUAUGACUGGAUAUACCGAUGACAGUUUGCGCAGCUCUAACCUCGACUACCGUCGCAUGACUGCCUAUACUGACGACAGCAUGUACGGCCAAUAUCGCGAUAGAGAUGUUCCAGACCAAGAUCUAGACGGUGUCACAACGGCAAGGCCUGAUUACAUCCACACCCCCCUCGCAGUUGAGUCGGCUGUUGCUUCGCUGCUCGAUCCGUCCAGUGUUAGCAGUGUGCGAUCGUCUCAACGCGAAUCGCAACUGACCAACGACCCGCAUUUCAUGUCCAGGGAGAAUCCUGGCAAUGAGCAGCAGCCACAAGGAGAGUCACUUGGAGAUAAGUGGGGCGCUAUUCGACAGCAAGCAAAGAGAAUGUCACAGGAACAGCAUGGCGAGGUUUCUUCGCCCCGGAGCCAGGCGCGCUCUUUCAAAUCUGAUGACCAGAUUCAAAUGACGGCAAACGCAAUGCCCUUUGGAGAUCCCAUGCCCGAAAUCGGUCACGGCUUCGAUGACGAGUCAGAACUUACCACCAACCCUUCGGAAAUACAGGGACCGUCGAGAGAUCGCGGUGACGGGCAUUGGUCCUACGACCCUACGCCUCCUCCAGUUUCAGCUGGGAACGCUCGUCCGGGCGAAGCGGGCAUGAUGGGUAAUGCUGCUGCCGGAUUUGCGGCUGCUGCGGCCGCUCGUCUUCACCAUGAAACCCAACAAAGCCCUGUGCAACAGGACCGCUCAUACCAGCCAUCCAUCGAAGACGACUAUGGUCAGGAUUACGGGAGGCCAUACGAGCAUGCCGAUGACAGCUUUGUGCGGCAGCAUCCUGAUACUUCCAGCCAAUGGAAGGACGAAGGGUACAUUUCUUCAGCCCAACCCGGUUAUACACCUGAGCCGAACUUGGACAACUCAAAAAUGUUCGAUGGCAGCCUUCCAGACUUUGCAGGGACUCCUGGAGCAGAUGAUAUGCUUUUCGGCGGGAACCCAGGUGUCACACGCAACUUCAGUGGUGACUCGCACGGAAUGUCUUCUCCGCUGUACGACAGUGCCACUGGGAAAGGAAUUGACCGCAUCCAAUCCAAGGACGUGGUGGCUCUUAUGGAUCAUCUCACCGUUCGGGAUGCUCAGCGCAAUGCUAGGGACACUGAAAUUCUUGUAACACUUGUCCGCAGCGCAGCGGAGAUGCGCAACUCUUUCGAGGAGAUGAAAAAAUUCAUCUCCGAGCAAGAUAAAAUGAUCAUGGGCAACACCGACAAAGAUGCUGAAAUGACGGUGCAAAAACUUCUCCAGGGGCCUCGGCCACAACCUCGGUAUCCUCGUCGCGACAUGUCGGAUGCUGAUGACGAUCUUCCAGCGAAGCGUAAGAACGUCUUUAGGCGGGCGCUGAAGGGCCUGAGCGGAAAGAGCGGCAACGAUCUUGCUCGAAUUGAAGACAUGCUCAUGCAUUUGUUGGAUGAAGUGGAGGGAUUAAAGGGUCCUCAAGCUUUCCCUCGGCCGUCUGUGGGUCAGGAUGCAGGAAGCAUUACCUCCUUUGAAAACCUUAGGUCCGGUCCUGACGCGGGCUACGAACCUGAAGGCCAGGCCGGGACUUCGUCUACUCCAAACCAGUCUGGUACUUUCUCCAACCCGUCCUCUCGUCGCCUUGCGCACCAUUCGGGUUACGACGGACGCCGUGGCUCAGAGCAUCGCAUCAGCACUGUCUUGGAAGGAGACGAGGAGUUGGACGACCACGAAGCUCACAUUCUUGACAAUCAGUUCGAGAACAACGAGCGCUUACUGACGCCAACCGAUGAGGUAGUGCGUAGUCCCAACCAGCGCUCUCCCCCUGAGCAAGCGUACAGCCAAGAGCACACACCGAAGAGCAAAUCCAAGCACAAGUCUAAUGGAUCUUCUAUCUUCGCCAAUAUACCCAAAAUGUCACGUUGGUCCAAGACAACAACCUCGACCGACAAAACCGCUCGCAACGGAAAGCGUGGACCCUACUCCGAGAACUCUCAGUCCGGAUCAAACGUCAACUUUAAUGGGUACGACGACUUUGACAUGCGUGACGACGACCGAUACCGGUCCAAUACCUCGUUCGACCACCGACGAGGCGGUUCCCUGGACCAAACUCGCUCUCCCUCGCCGCUCAUUCCCGAGCACGAGAUGGACGACCCUAAAUACCAAGCUCAUCGCAACUCUCUGAACUUGGAACACCCACAACCACGUCAGGGACCAACCCACCGCCACCAAUCCCACCUGGAAUCUCAGGCCAUCAAUUUCGAUGACACACAGUCACCGGAUUUUGAUCAAUGGGGCUCUGCACCGAGCCUUGCUCUGAACCGCAAUCGGUUCAGCAACACUACAGGCCGCCAAUCUCCUUUUUCUGAUGGGGGAUAUUCCAACCACUCUGCCUCUGAGCAGGUGAACGGCGGAUCUCGUCCGAAAGAGGAGGGCCCCCUUAUGCCAUCAUCAAACAACACGCCUCGAAGCUUGCCAUACGGUAGCAGGCCAAUGUACAGCAGCCCUCCUGGUCUGACAGGACACUUGGCUCCUUUGGCUCCCAUUGAGGAGGUCAGGUACAGUCUUGAAACAGACCGUCGCACACUUACGCCGUCGCCCCAGCCGCAAAGGUCGAUGGCUAGCCCUACCCGCAAGCCCACUGGUCCUAGGCCCAUGGGUUCGAAGAGUCCUCGUCCACUUGAGCACUCGGACACCGUGAAGAGGAGGCCUCAUACCCGCAGCCCGAGUCUUGAUUCCUACCGGAGCAGUCUCGACAGCUUCGACCGUGAUACCUUCUAA